AUGACGUCUCCCAGUCAACACGCAGAGGAGGAGCAGAAUCAGCGCCAGAGCAGCAAUCCCCAGUCCGCCAGAAGGACUCCGGAAAUAACGGUUGUGGACGGAACCCGUGAAUCUACUCCAGUUCGCACCAGGCGGUCGUCGAAACCGGCUCCUAUAUUACAGGAAUCACAGUCCCGGAGGAGUCCGUCCAGCGCCCCGGAUAGCUUUGGCAAUGGAGAGAAUCCGCCUACUCUCAUGAACAGCUCCACGGUUGCGAGCCCCGGGCCAAUAGAGGAACCAAAUCCUCUAGAGGAUAAAUCUCAAGAGAGAGAUGAGAUCGAAGAAGGUGGUAACAAGUCUUUCUCAUAUCCGGUUCCCAUGCCCACUGCUGGCAGCGUGAACGACCCCCGGCGCGGAAUGAGUCUCCCUCACUCAGGACUAAACAAAUCCGGCGCACGCUCUCCGUCUUCGAAGAAGCAUCGAUGUCCAUACUGCGCUACCGAAUUCACUCGACACCACAAUUUAAAAAGCCACCUUCUAACUCACAGCCAAGAAAAGCCAUAUGUUUGCCAAACAUGUCAGUCUCGGUUCAGGCGGCUACACGAUCUAAAACGACAUACAAAACUACAUACCGGCGAGAGACCUCACAUAUGCCUCAAAUGCGGUCGUCGAUUCGCUCGUGGAGAUGCCUUGGCCCGACAUAAUAAAGGGCCUGGCGGCUGUGCUGGUAGACGGUCUAGCAUGGGCAGUUUCGCUGGUGAGGAUGAAUUUGGAGACGGCAAUGCCGGGACUGGUCCAGUAGGAGAGGACGCAAUGGAGGGCCUCAUGUACACAGAACCAGACCGGAUGGACGAGGAGGAGGAAAUGCGCCUGAAUCUCCCUUCUAUCAAGAAAGACGGUGGUUCGGACCAGUCCCAGCCCGGCUCUGCUCGUCACAUAUCCUUUCAACAAUCCCAUCAGUCAAGCACCUAUCCACCUCUCGCGGCUCCACGAUCACAACAGAAUCUCAGUACCAGCAGCGGCGGCCUUUUCCCCCCAGCCAGCAACCAUCAACGAUCGAACUCAACAGCCUCUUCCAUCUCCCAGUCCCCUUCACACCUUUCGUUCCCGCCUGGCCCGUCUUCCCCGUCCAUGUUUGCACAAUCAGGCAUGACCGAAUCCCCAAAACCUCUCUCUCCAAGCGGCGCUGCCUCACGGCAACUAGGCCACGGCCCCGAAAACUCUUUCCGCCAGACGCACCCAUCCAACAUGCCCCAAUACCAAUCUCAGAUGCGCAAUGGCUCAACAGGAUUAGGUAUACCCUUUUCUUCCGUUUCAUCACCUGGAGAUAGUCUAAGCCAUCCAGGUUCUCAAGCAGGCACUCCACACCUUCCACCUCCUCUAGGCCUUAACCCUUCCGACUCCCGCUUCCCCCUUCAUUCCCAACAGCAGCAGGGCCCUCAUCACCCCGGUCGUGCUGGCUCUCACCCGCCUCUUCAACACCCACACCACCCUCCCGCCCCAUCAUCUAGCAUCGACAGCAAUACCGCCCCAAGCUCGGGUACCGGUAGUGGGAAUAGCAGCUACACAAGUGCGCCGUCUAGUGAAGGAUUUAACCCUAAUGGUUCGCUAGCUAACAUAUCAGGGGCGUCAUAUUUCACUCAUUCGCCGCAUCAACUUGGGUCAGGCGAUCAACCCACACGGCAGCUAUCGAUCCCUAGUCCUAAUCCAAAUCUACCCUCGACGGAUAGGAUAUGGGGGUAUAUGCGAGCGCUCGAAGAUAGAGUCAACGGACUCGAAAGCGAGGUCGUCAGGCUACGUGGCCAGUUGAGCAAUAUCACAAGCAGCAGCGAGAAACCCCAGGAUAAAAACACCGGAAGCAGUGGGAAAGCCGAAACACUACCUCCUAACCCUAAUAUUCUCCCCACUCCUGUGUCCACCGCCGCUGUCCCAACCACUACCGCUGCAAUCGCACAGACGACGGCCAGUGGCGCUACUAGUGGAGAAAAGACAGCGAAAACUCCGAAUCCCGGUGGACCCUAA